ACAUAGCACUAUCUCAAUAGCUUCUGAGAGUCCCAGAAAUUUACAUCCGUUUGAUCUCACCAUCACCAUCACCAUCACAAUCUCAAUCUGAAUCUCAUGGCCCUCUUUCCUUCAUCUUCUUUGCUUAGAUGCUCCAUUUCUUCUCAUGCAGUUUCUCCACGUGAUCUUAAAGCUCCAUGGAUCGGUUCUGUUCGUCAAUUGAAUCAAUCCUUGGUUCCAUCAAAUGCUGGAAUUUCUUUUGGAAAACAAUGCUUUGUAAAACCAAUUUGUGCAGAACUAAGGAGCGACCUAGGGGUUCCUCUUGCAGCUGGUGUGGUUGCUGCAGAUGAAAUAGAGAGUUUGGACUAUGAGAAAUUGGCUAAGGAGUUGGAAAAUGGGUCGCCACUUGAAAUUAUGGACAAGGCUCUUGAGAAAUUUGGCAGUGAAAUUGCCAUUGCUUUCAGUGGAGCUGAGGAUGUGGCCUUGAUCGAGUAUGCCAAAUUAACUGGCCGGCCAUUCAGGGUAUUCAGCCUGGACACUGGGAGGCUAAACUCAGAAACUUACCACUUCUUUGACACUGUUGAGAAGCACUAUGGCAUUCGUAUCGAGUACAUGUUCCCUGAUGCUGUUGAGGUUCAAGCUCUAGUGAGGACUAAGGGUCUUUUCUCCUUUUACGAAGAUGGGCAUCAAGAAUGCUGCAGAGUCAGGAAGGUCAGGCCCUUAAGGAGGGCUCUUAAGGGCCUACGGGCAUGGAUAACUGGGCAAAGAAAAGAUCAGUCGCCAGGCACAAGAGCAGAGAUUCCAGUUGUCUAGGUAGAUCCCUCCUUUGAAGGAAAGGAUGGUGGGAAUGGCAGCUUGGUCAAGUGGAAUCCUCUGGCUAAUGUGCAAGGCCGAGACAUAUGGAACUUCAUCCAUGCCAUGAAUGUACCUAUUAAUACCUUGCACCCAAAGGGAUACAUCUCAAUUGGUUGUGAACCAUGCACAAGGCCUGUACUACCGGGGCAACAUGAGAGGGAAGGAAGGUGGUGGUGGGAAGAUGCAAAGGCUAAAGAGUGUGGUCUUCACAAAGGGAACAUUAAACACGUAGAGGUUUCUCAACUCAAUGGCAAUGGAAAUGGUGUUGCACAACAUACAAAUGGGAGUGCCACUGUUACUGACCUCUUCAACAGUCCAAAGUUGGUUAAUUUGAGUAGAACUGGGAUAGAGAACUUGUCUAGAUUAGAGAUUCGAAAAGAGCCCUGGAUUAUUGUGCUUUAUGCACCUUGGUGCCGCUUUUGCCAGGCAAUGGAAGAAUCAUAUGUUGAAUUAGCAGAAAAGCUUGAUGGUUCAGGAGUGAAGGUGGGGAAGUUUAGGGCUGAUGGUGAUCAGAAGGAAUUUGCAAAGCAAGAGUUACAGCUGGGGAGCUUUCCCACAAUUUUAUUUUUCCCUAAAUACUCAUCCAAGCCCAUCAAGUAUCCCUCAGAGAAGAGGGAUGUCGAUUCGUUGAUGGCUUUGGUGAGUGCCUUGCUGUAACAAAUAAUUUCACUUCAUAAGCUAGCACUGGUUUCCGGAUGAAAAAG